AUGGCCACCUUCACUGGGCCCUCUGUGCUUUCUCGGAUCACUAAGGAGGGAAGGUUUCUCUCUCAUGAUAGUGGACGGGACGUGCGAGCCUUCUCAUUCGGACGUGAUCUGUCGGUGGCCAGUAUGUCUAACACUGAGGGCUACCAGCAUUCGAGCAGCCGUCACAGUCACACGGAUACUGAUGAAGUGCCGAAAUACGGCAUCACGCUGAAAGCAUCCGGUGAGGGUAUCGAUGCACCGUCCACCAAGAAGCCAAAGUUGGGACAUGUCAAAGUCGAAUCUAGUAUUGGACAGCCCUCGCAUUUGGAAAAGAUCCUGGAAAAGAUAUCCCCUCAAUCUGCCCCGGUUUCUCACCCAGAGUCGGAUCUCUCUGCUUCGCGUUCAUCUCGGCCUCCCCAGCCCAGCGACACCCUGCCAGCUGCGGGCUCGGCGGAAACAAUCAACGCGCAAGAUGACAAGGUCGCUGAACUUCUUCGACUCAAACAGGAAUUACUCGAGGCCAAUUCCAAGAUUGCUAUGCAGGAGCAGGAACUUGCCCAGAACCGUGUGAUUAAGCACACUCUGGACCAGGCUCUAGGUCCUCCUUCAGAGGCAGAGUUUGGCGGGCGUGAUAUCACUGAACAGACCAUCAGCAACCUGCAAAAUGCUUUCAAUGCCUCGAAUCCCACAUUUGGCCAAUUUCAAGACACAUGGAACGCACCCGACGACUCGCAGUCGGACAUCUCUGACGCACUGUCAGCUGGGGCGUACAAUCGUGCCCGUGGGCUUUGGAACCAGAAUGGGCAGUCAUCGUUCGGGAUGGAUACCCAAGACCAUUCUCUUGACAAGGCUUAUGGAGAGCAAUUGCCGGGAUCCUCCCACCCGGUGAAUCCAGACUCGGGUCGUUUUUGGGGUGCCACACCUGUCUACCCUACUGGAUUUGUCGCCCCCCAAGGCAGUUUUCAGUCUCACAGAAUCAUUUCCGGUCCCCCGAACAGCGGAUAUGGCUUCUAUCCUCGGCCAGCAGGUGAGCAGUCUCGGAUUUUCCAAGCCCCAAAUACCGGACCUCGACGUACCCACACACAGGGAGGCCGAGGUGGACCCAUCUUUCCUGCUCAGAAUACUACCUGGGCCCCCUUGGCCUCUGGACCUUCGAGUGAUGCCAUCCCCAAAUCUCCGGGGUCGCCGCCCGCCACAUCAUCCAGCGCCUUUCAACCAAUGGGAAUCUAUCCAGUAUCUGCAUAUCAUCCCCGUCCAGGUGCAACAGCGCUUUCUCCAACCGCCUCUGAAUUUACGGCCAGCAGCGGGAACGGUUCACUUUGGGCAAGUACUUCGAGCACUGGUGGAAGCUCCAUGCAAACUUAUGUCUCUCCCCUUGAACCACUUAACUACAGGCGUCUCCUCGACAAAAAUGUCUCCUGCGACUGGAAAUACAUUGUGGACAAGAUUGUAUGCAGCAAUGAUCAACAAGCAUCCAUUUUCCUGCAACAAAAGCUCAAAGUGGUCACCUCAGAGCAAAAGUUUGAUAUCAUCGAGGCCAUUGUCAGCCAGGCAUACCCCCUGAUGGUGAAUCGCUUUGGCAACUUCCUUGUUCAGCGUUGUUUCGAGCACGGAACGCCCGACCAAGUCAUUGCCAUUGCGAAUGCUAUCAGAGGCAAUACUCUCAGCCUGAGUAUGGAUUCAUUCGGUUGCCACGUUAUUCAAAAGGCAUUUGAUUGUGUUCCGGAGGAGCACAAGACUGUUAUGGUGUGCGAACUUCUUCGCAGAAUUCCGGAAACUGUGAUUCAUCGGUAUGCCUGCCAUGUUUGGCAGAAACUGUUCGAGCUUCGAUGGAGCGGGAAGCCUCCCCAGAUCAUGGCUAAGGUGAAUGAGGCGCUGGAGGGGAUGUGGCAUGACGUUGCCUUGGGUGAAACAGGGAGCUUGGUGGUACAGAAUAUCUUCGAAAACUGCAUCGAGGACGAAAAGAGACCGGCGAUCGAAGAAGUUCUGGCAAAGAUUGAUCUUCUUGCCCAUGGCCAAUUCGGCAACUGGUGCAUUCAGCACAUAUGUGAGCAUGGUGCUCCCCACGACAAGAGCCGUGCGGUUGAGCAUGUCCUCCACCAUGCUGUAGACUACAGCAUGGAUCAAUUCGCGUCCAAAAUUGUCGAAAAAUGUCUGAAGAUUGGUGGCUCCGAGUUCUUGGAUCGCUUUCUCUCCCGUGUAUGCACGGGUCGUGCUGAUCGACCCCGGAUGCCACUGAUUGACAUUGCGGGAGAUCAGUAUGGCAACUAUCUGAUCCAGUGGGUCCUGCUGAAUGCUGCAGCUCACCACCGUGAGCUUGUGGCCAGCCAUAUUCGGAAGCAUAUGGUUUCCCUCCGAGGUUCCAAAUUCGGCUCCCGGGUUGCGAUGCUUUGCUGUAACCCUUCCCAUGCGACUCGGCCUGGCCCUGGGACCGGCAUGCAAGUUGGCCGCUUCAGUCAGUUCAAUGAAGACAGAUUUUCCUCCACAAGCUCCAACAGUGGCCGUUUCGGUCGAGGAAAUCAGUGGAGUCCUAGCUACUCUCCAUACCGUUAA